AUGACGGGCGCGAAUGAUCCGACGGGGACGGCGGCGACGCGCGCGCCGGCGGCGGUGCUGGAUGACGUUCGACGGGACGUCGUGGGACACGGAAGCGCGUGCGGUGGGCCGUACGGGAUGAAGACGAUGGUGUACGCGGAUUGGACGGCGUCGGGACGGGCGUCGAGGGCGAUUGAACGAGAGGUGGCGAUGCGAGUGCUGCCGACGUACGCGAACACGCACACGACGACGUCGACGACGGGGGCGCAGUCGACGUGCUACAGGCAAGAGGCGAGGCAGGUGGUGGCGCAGUGCGUGAACGCGCGAGUUGGGUACAGUGAUAAGCACGCGGACGUGGUGAUGUUCGCUGGGAGCGGAAGCACAAGCGCGAUAGACCGCCUGGCGAGAGCGCUCGGGGCGCACGUGCCGCUGCCGGCGAACGCGCCGAGACGGGCGAGGCCGGUCGUUUUCGUCGGACCGCACGAGCAUCACAGUAAUAUAUUGCCAUGGAGAGAGAGUUGUGCGAUCGUGGUGGAGAUUCCCGAGGAUUCGUCGACGGGGAUGGUGGACGUGGACGCCCUGCGCGCGGCGCUGCGCGAAUACUCGUCGCACGCGACACUCAUAGGAAGUUUCAGCGCGGCGAGCAACGUCACGGGCGUUCGUGCGGACGUGAACUUGAUCACGGAAACACUUCAUCGCGGUGGGGCGCUAGCGUUUUGGGAUUACGCCGCCGCGGCGGCGUAUGUGGACGUCGACAUGAAUCCGGUGGUGUUCGACGAGAGCACGGGCGAGCUCAAUCCGUACGUGUACAAGGACGCAAUCUUCAUCUCUCCGCAUAAACUUCCGGGAGGACCGGGCUCGCCGGGUGUACUAGUCGCCAAGCGCGCACUGUUUUCGAACGAGGUCCCGAGCGAGCCGGGCGGAGGCACGGUGUUCUACGUCACGAGCGAAGACCAUCGAUACUUGAGCAAUCGCGUCGAACGCGAAGAGGGAGGGACACAGGACAUCAUAGGAAGCAUCCGCGCCGGGCUCGCGUUUCAGCUCAAAUCCACGGUUGGUACGUCUGUCAUAGAGGCCGCUGAGGAUCGCCUGCAGCGUCGUUUAUUCGCAGAUCUCUCUCGAGAGGAGAACAUUUGUCUGCUCGGACCAGAGGUGAGCGAGAAGACAAAACGUCUGCCCAUAUUUUCGUUUCUCGUUCGCGCCCCAGCGGUGGCCUCGACGAGUCGCUUUCUUCAUUACUCGUUCACGUGCGCGGUGUUGAACGAUGUAUUUGGCGUGCAAUCACGCGGUGGUUGCGCGUGCGCGGGUCCGUACGCGCACAAGUUGCUGGGAUUAUCUCCGGCGCACGCGGCGGCGAUCGAAGCACAUUUGCUGGAUAAAGCCGAAGUUCUUCGUCCCGGGUUCGUUCGAGUGAGUCUGCCGUAUUUUGCGUCCGACGCAGAGAUCGAGUACACGUUGGCCGCCGUGCGCGCCGUCGCGAGGCACGGAUGGCGUCUGCUACCGAUGUACCGAAUGGAUGCCAAGACCGGUGAGUGGCGUCACGUGUCGCGAGCGCGCAGUUUUCCAGAUAGAAAAUGGCUCGCGCACAUGCGUUUUCCGGUAGAUACUGUCGACGGGGGCGAUAUAACCGAGCCUCCGAGCGAAGAGGAAAUCGCUCAUCGCCUCACCGAUCAAUUGCGCGUAGGGAUGCGAAUCCUUGAGACGUGCGGUCAAUACCGAGAGGGAGAGGAACCAUCGAAGACGAAGAACGGUCAACUACGCUUGCCUAACACGGGGGGCUUAGCCGUGGACGAGCGUAUGGUACUCGCAGGUGGACGAGACGACGAUGACGCGAGGUUGGCGUACGUGGGACAUGAAGAUGAAGGCACGCGCUCCGAUGCAGCCACCAAUGUUGAACGAGGCGAUGCACUUCGCUGGUUCAUGUUCCCGUCCGAGGCCGCGAUGCUGCUCUCGAGCAUCCUUCCAGCACAUUCAGCAAAUGGGAUUUUGUCGCUUGAAUUCGUGCCACCGGUUGGACCGAUCACCGGCGCUUUGAGACCGCCAAACAUGUGUUAUGAGCGUGACAGUGCAUACACAUCCUAUGGACAAAGUUAUCGCACUGAGAGUCGAAAGCACCCGUUGCGCGUGACGGAAAAGAUUGGAAACGUCCGUUCGGGUUUGAUUCAACAGCGUGCCGCACCGCUAUGUAUCGACGGCGGAUCGGCGCACGAAUCGCCAACGAAGUCGGAAGACGCAAAGUUUGGUGCGUCCCCAUCUGAAACGAUGGAAGCCGUCGAUCAAGUUCGUGAAAUCACGGUCGAGAUUCCCGAAAAUGUCGACAUUCUCGUGCGAGAAAUAUCAGACGUCAGUUUCAAACCGGAUAUCGUUGAGAAGUCAACGAAGAAGGAUAAGAAGACGAACAAGUUCGUAAAACCGCCACCAAAAUUGAUGCGUCACGUCAACGAAGCCAUUCAAGACUUCGAAAUGAUUCAGCCCGGUGAUCGCGUCUUACUCGGCCUUUCCGGAGGUAAAGAUUCGCUUGCGAUGCUGCAUAUUCUCAUGUCUAUCAAGCAACGACUUCCUCCUGGGACGUUCACCCUCGCUUGCGCCACCGUGGAUCCUGGAACUGAGGCGUUUAAUCCACGCCCUUUGAUUCCCUAUGUGGAGUCCUUAGGUAUCGAGUAUCACUACCUGGAGGAAGAGAUCAUGGCCAUGGCCGAGGCUCACAUGAACGGCGAUAGUAUUUGUGCGUUUUGUGCAAGAAUGAAGCGCGGCGCUCUCUACUCGUGCUGCCGCAAAUACGGGUACAACAAACUUGUCCUCGCGCAGCACUUGGACGAUUGCGUGGAGAGUUUCUUGAUGAGCACGAUGUACAAUGGCGUGAUGCGAACGAUGAAGGCGUCUUACUUGAUAGACGAGGGCGAUAUCAUCGUCAUCCGACCGGCCAUUUAUCUCCGAGAGAAGGCACUGCGUGAUUUUUCAUACGAAGCCGGACUUCCGGUGAUAAAUGAAAAUUGCCCUGCGUGUUUCGAAGCACCAAAAGAAAGGAAUCACAUCAAGAAGCUUUUAGCCCGCGAAGAGAGUGUUUUUCCGUCGCUAUACUCGUGCAUGAAGAACGCACUUACCCCACUGUUCGAUCCGUCUGCGCAAGACUUGCUUUCGAUGAUACGAGAGGCCAUUGAGGCGAGAAAUGCAAACAAGCAGCGCGCAAAAAGUCAACGAGAAAAGUCUCUCGCUGCUGGCUCGUGCCAACUGAAAAGAACGGGACGUACGGUGGGCGCUGUUUCAAACGAUGGUGCGUUCGACGAGGCUAACACCGCGGCGGCAGCGGCCACAACGUUUUUAAACGAUGCGACAGAGGAGGAGCUUCUUGCAGAAUUGAAUAAACGUAGACGCGAACGCAUGCGGCGCGUGUGUACGAAAACCAUGCCAGACACCGAGCUAGACGCGGAUCUGACAGAAAAGCAAAUGUUUUGCACCGCCGAUGGGUGUAAACGGGAACCAUAG